AUGUCUGACCCCGGCUCGGUCACGCCACGGCGCAGACGGCGCGAAGGAGAGGAUGAAGAAGACGAGGACCAGCUGUACACUGGCAGUGGUGCGAAACGUGCUCGCACAGACGACAACGAGCACAACGAUAGCAACGCCGACGACGAGUCCGUAUCUGAGGAUGGACCAUUGCUGCCUGACAACUUCCGCCGCUCACCUCAAAGCCAGCGUCAAACUGGGCGACCACGUCAACACCAGCCUGGUUCACUGGUACGCAUCGAGAUGACCAAUUUCGUGACCUACAGCAAAGCACAGUUCAGCCUAGGGCCAAACUUGAACAUGAUCAUCGGGCCAAACGGUACUGGCAAGAGCACUCUGGUCUGCGCCAUAUGUCUUGGGCUGGGCUGGAAGCCGGAGAAUCUGGGUCGUGCCAAGCUCGUUGGUGAGUUCGUAAAGCACGGCGAGAAGAAAGCAGUCAUCGAGAUUGAACUGGCUGCGGAUCCGAAGAGACAUGCGGAGAACCCGGUCAUCACUACUCGAAUCAUUCGCGAGGGAAACAAGGCCGAGUUCGCGAUCGAUGGGAAGAAGGUGACCAAGAAGGAACUCGACGCUUUGAUGAAGAGCUUCUCAAUUCAGAUCGACAAUCUUUGCCAAUUCUUGCCGCAAGAUCGCGUCGUUGAGUUCGCUGCCUUGUCACCCGUCGAUCUUCUGACGCAUACUCAGCGAGCCGCUGCGCCUCCGCAGAUGCAUGUGUGGCACGAUCAGCUCAAGGCGAGUCGCAAGGCGCAGAAAACACAACAGGUCGAGCAGCAAGCAUUGAUUGAUGAACUCAAAAGCAAGGAGCAACGACAAGCCCAGCAGCAGGAGAUCGUGGAACGCUUGCGUGAGAGAUCUGAGUUGCAGAAUCGUGCAGCAGUGCUGGAGCGGUUGAGACCGUUUCCGCAGUACAAAGCUGCCAAACAACGACAUACCGACGCCAAGGAGCGGAAGAAAGAUGCAGAGCGUGAGCUUAAGAGGCUGCAGCGGCAGGUUCAGCCGAACCUACAGGCCGAGGAGGACAAGACUGAGUAUCUUGCCUCUGUCGAGGCCGUGGCGCUCAAGCGCGGCAAGAUGGUGGAGAGACUGGAAAAGACUGCAGCGGACAAGAGGGCUGAGCUCACUAGCAAGCAGGAGGAGUUGGAUUCAUGCGAGACUCGUAUUGAAAAAGCAAAGGAGACAUCGAAAAGCGCCAGAGCGAACAUGCCCAGACUACAGCAAGAUAGGAGUAAAAUUGAGCGAGCAAUGCAGACACCGCCAGCACAAGUCGAUUUAGCCAGCCUAAAUGAGCAGGUCAGAGAGAAGACACGGCUCAUGAGAGGUGCUCAAGAACGGCAAACCGAGAUCAAGCAGGAAAUCGGCAGCUUAGCCCAGCGCAUGAAGGAUCGUCAACAGGUCAUGGUUGAUGCCGAGAAGGAUCAAGAGACCCUGCAGACGCAAGCUGGACAGCAGGCUAGCAAGCUGAAAAAUGCCUCAAGGGAUGCGCAUCGUGCAUGGGAAUGGAUUCAAAGCCAUGAUAAUCGUUUUCAGGGUCGUGUUUACGGCCCACCAAUUGUCGAAUGCACCGUCACCGAUCCUCGUUAUGCAGCUGUUGUCGAGAACGCUCUUGGGCCUGGCGAAAUGGUUGCCUUCACCGUCACCUCACGAGACGACUACUUCACACUCAACCGAGCACUGCGUGACGAGCUCGGGAUGGACAACAUCAAUAUUCGUCAGUCGGAGCAAGCGCUGGCGGCGUUCCGCGCACCAUGUUCUGGCGAGCAGCUGCAGACACUUGGCCUGCAGUCGUGGAUACUUGAUCUCAUCGAAGGACCAGAGCCUGUGCUUGCUAUGUUGUGUGACAACCGCAACAUCCAUGCCAUGGCAUAUGCCUCCCGUGAGCUGAACGGCGCUCGCCUCGAUCAGCUCAAGAGCCAGAACAGCCCGGUGUCAUCGUGGAUCACACCCUCGGAACACUACCAAGUCACUCGUCGCCGCGAAUAUGGCGACAGAGGCACUUCAGUGCGUACAACGGCUCUCCGUCAAGCUAAGUUCUUUACGGAUGCGCCGUCUGCGCAUAAUGAGGAUGCUGAGAUUGCUGCUCGUGUCGACGAAGCGAGGCGGGAACACGCCGAGUGUGACGAGAAGAAGACUGCGCUGAGAACAGAGUACAAUGAUCUUGUUAAGCGAUACGAGGAGUUGCAGAGUCAGGAGAACGAUAUAAAGGAAGAGAAGAGACAGAAGCAGACUGCCCAAACUCAUUUCGCGGCACUGCCAGCCAAAUUGACCAAUGCUCAGCGCAAGAUCGAUGAGGCUAAGGGCUCCAUUGACAACGCGGCGGCCCAGUGCCGGGAGAUCAUGUCAGAGGGUGACAAGUACACGCUCGAGAAGGGCCAGCUUGCCAUCGACUACGCUUUCGCCGUCAAUAUUCUGCGCGAGCAUAUCGUCCCGCUGGUUGAGGCUCAGAUCCUGGUCAUCGAAGCGAAGUCGGACCUGGAGCAGAUGCAACUGCGCACGAGACAGGAGAGGGAGAUGCUUCACCAGCGUGAGCAGGAAGUCCGACGCUUGGACGAGGAGAUGAGGGCUUUGCUCAACGAUGGUAAGCGCUUACGCGACCUUUGCCAACUGGUUGAUAUGGACGAUGAGCUCGUCGCACAGAUCUACGACAAUGAAGUCAAAGACUGGGAUGAAGUUCAAUUAUCUGCUGAAAUCGAAUCCGUGGGCGCCACGCUCAAUCUUUCCGACGGACAAGGUAACCAGCAUGUGCUGGCUGAGUACGAGAAGCGUGCGAAGGUCAUUGAGCAGAAGAGGUCUGAGUUGGCGGAUGUGGAAGAGGCGUUGGAGGGGUUGGAUAACGAGAUCAAGGAGGUAAAGGAGCAGUGGGAGCCGCAACUCGAUCAGCUGAUAUCGCAUAUCAGUGAUGCCUUUGCCGACAACUUCAGCAAGAUUCAGUGUGCUGGUGAAGUUGGCAUACAUAAGGAUGAAGAUUUCGAGCUCUGGGCGAUCCAGAUCAAGGUCAAAUUCAGGGAAUCCGAGCCGUUGACUCUUCUCGACUCCCACCGCCAAUCCGGCGGCGAGCGGGCCGUGAGCACGAUCUUCUACCUCAUGGCCCUGCAAUCUCUCGCCCGUGCGCCCUUCCGCGUGGUAGAUGAAAUCAACCAAGGCAUGGACCCUCGUAACGAGCGCCUAGUGCAUUCGAGGAUGGUGGAUAUUGCCUGUUCCGAGGAGAGCGCUUCGCAGUAUUUCCUCAUCACGCCAAAGUUGCUGGGUGGGUUGAAGUAUCAUCCUGAUAUGAGGGUGCAUUGUAUUGCUAGUGGAGAGCAUAUGCCGGAUGAUUUCAGGAAGUUGGAUUUUGGAGUACUUGCUCAGAAGGCCCUUGCUAUCAAGGCAUGCGGAUGA